AUGCCGCUGGUGAAGAGGAGCAUCGAGCCUCGUCAUCUGUGUCGAGGAGCGGUCCCUGAUGGAGUCACCUCUGAACUGGAGUGUGUCACCAACUCCACCCUGGCCGCCAUCAUCAAGCAGCUGGGCAGCCUCAGUCGCCAUGCGGAGGACAUCUUUGGGGAGUUGUUCAACGAGGCCAACAGCUUCUACCUUCGCAUGAGCGGGCUGCAGGAGAGAGUGGACCAACUGGCUGUCAAGGUCACACAACUGGACUCUACUGUGGAAGAAGUCUCUCUACAGGACAUCAACAUGAGGAAGGCCUUUAAGAGCAGUACCAUCCAGGACCAGCAGGUGGUGUCCCGCACCUCUGUGCCCAACCCUGUGGUGGAGAUGUACCACCGCUGUGACAAGCCUCCUCCACUCAACAUCCUCACGCCCUACAGGUCAGAGCCACACCCCACAGGUCAGAGCCACGCCCCACAGGUCAGAGCCACGCCCUACAGGUCAGAGCCACGCCCUACAGGUCAGAGCCACGCCCUACAGGUCAGAGCCACGCCCUACAGGUCAGAGCCACACCCCACAGGUCAGAGCCACGCCCUACAGGUCAGAGCCACACCCCACAGGUCAGAGCCACGCCCUACAGGUCAGAGCCACGCCCUACAGGUCAGAGCCACACCCCACAGGUCAGAGCCACGCCCCACAGGUCAGAGCCACGCCCUACAGGUCAGAGCCACGCCCUACAGGUCAGAGCCACGCCCUACAGGUCAGAGCCACGCCCUACAGGUCAGAGCCACACCCCACAGGUCAGAGCCACGCCCUACAGGUCAGAGCCACACCCCACAGGUCAGAGCCACGCCCUACAGGUCAGAGCCACGCCCUACAGGUCAGAGCCACGCCCUACAGGUCAGAGCCACGCCCUACAGGUCAGAGCCACACCCCACAGGUCAGAGCCACGCCCUACAGGUCAGAGCCACGCCCUACAGGUCAGAGCCACACCCCACAGGUCAGAGCCACGCCCUACAGGUCAGAGCCACGCCCUACAGGUCAGAGCCACGCCCUACAGGUCAGAGCCACGCCCUACAGGUCAGAGCCACACCCCACAGGUCAGAGCCACGCCCUACAGGUCAGAGCCACGCCCUACAGGUCAGAGCCACACCCCACAGGUCAGAGCCACGCCCUACAGGUCAGAGCCACGCCCUACAGGUCAGAGCCACGCCCUACAGGUCAGAGCCACGCCCUACAGGUCAGAGCCACGCCCUACAGGUCAGAGCCACGCCCUACAGGUCAGAGCCACACCCCACAGGUCAGAGCCACGCCCUACAGGUCAGAGCCACGCCCUACAGGUCAGAGCCACACCCCACAGGUCAGAGCCACGCCCUACAGGUCAGAGCCACGCCCUACAGGUCAGAGCCACGCCCUACAGGUCAGAGCCACACCCCACAGGUCAGAGCCACGCCCUACAGGUCAGAGCCACACCCCACAGGUCAGAGCCACGCCCUACAGGUCAGAGCCACGCCCUACAGGUCAGAGCCACGCCCUACAGGUCAGAGCCACGCCCUACAGGUCAGAGCCACACCCCACAGGUCAGAGCCACGCCCUACAGGUCAGAGCCACGCCCUACAGGUCAGAGCCACGCCCCACAGGUCAGAGCCACGCCCUACAGGUCAGAGCCACACCCCACAGGUCAGAGCCACGCCCUACAGGUCAGAGCCACACCCCACAGGUCAGAGCCACGCCCUACAGGUCAGAGCCACGCCCUACAGGUCAGAGCCACACCCCACAGGUCAGAGCCACGCCCUACAGGUCAGAGCCACGCCCUACAGGUCAGAGCCACGCCCUACAGGUCAGAGCCACGCCCUACAGGUCAGAGCCACGCCCUACAGGUCAGAGCCACGCCCUACAGGUCAGAGCCACACCCCACAGGUCAGAGCCACGCCCUACAGGUCAGAGCCACGCCCUACAGGUCAGAGCCACACCCCACAGGUCAGAGCCACGCCCUACAGGUCAGAGCCACGCCCUACAGGUCAGAGCCACGCCCUACAGGUCAGAGCCACACCCCACAGGUCAGAGCCACGCCCUACAGGUCAGAGCCACACCCCACAGGUCAGAGCCACGCCCUACAGGUCAGAGCCACGCCCUACAGGUCAGAGCCACGCCCUACAGGUCAGAGCCACGCCCUACAGGUCAGAGCCACACCCCACAGGUCAGAGCCACGCCCUACAGGUCAGAGCCACGCCCUACAGGUCAGAGCCACGCCCUACAGGUCAGAGCCACACCCUACAGGUCAGAGCCACGCCCUACAGGGACGAUAAGAAAGACGCUCUGAAGUUCUACACAGACCCGUCGUAUUUCUUUAACCUAUGGAAAGAGAAGAUGCUGCAGGCGACGGAGGACAAGCGCAAAGAGAAGAGGCGUCAGAAGGGCUGCCCGGCACACCCCGGCAGACCCCAGUCCAGACAGGCCCCGCCCCGGAGCCCCCUGUCCUUCAGCGAGCAGCAGAAACAAGUGGAGGAGCCGGGGAGAGAGGUGAAGAAGGUGCGGAAGGCUCGGAACCGGCGUCAGGAGUGGAACGUUCUGGCCUACGACAAAGAGUUCAGACCCGACGCUCGCCUGACGCCCUCCCCCUACCACGGAAUGUCCUCAGAGGGGUCCCUGAGCCCCGACCACAGCCCUAGUCACUCGUCCCAGACCGCCCCAGACCUCGGCCACAUGGGGGCGCCGCAGACCCAGAGCCUGGACCGAGUCCUCAGGCCGAGCACGCAGCCCGCUCCUACAGCGGCGGCGGCGGCGGCAGCAGGACGCCACGCUGCUUCUCUGGGACGCACCCCCUCUGCCCACGGAGCUCCAGGGGACGCCAUGGUCAACGGCCCCAGACAGCAGAGCGUCAAGGACUACAGGGCUCACGGCGGUCAGCCGUCCACCAUCCCGGAGUACUACAUCCCCCCCGCCCCUCCCCCGCCUCCCCCCUCCAUGCCCUGCGCUCAGUACGACCCCUCUGUGGCUCCGCCCUCCGCCGCCUCGGUCCCGCCCACUUCCUCCGCUCUCUCCCGCCCUUACUCCCCCUCCCCUCCCCCUCCACCUGCGCACUACACCCCGUCCCCCGCACACCCGCCCUCAGGAGCCCCGCCUGCCGCCCCUCCUCCCCCUCCCCCGGGGGCUCCGCUCGCUCACCCCUCCCCCACCCACGCACUGCAGGCGGACGCGGCCCCAGCCCAGAGGAAGUGCACCGUGAUGGGAAUGAUCCCCAUCAGCGACGCACGCUCAGACCUGCUCGCCGCCAUCCGCAGAGGGAUCCAGCUGAGGAAGGUGCAGGAGCAGCGCGAGCAGGAGGCCAAGCGCGAGCCCGUGGGGAACGACGUGGCCACCAUCUUGUCUCGCCGCAUCGCCGUGGAGUACAGCGAAUCAGACGACGACUCGGAGCUCGAUGACAACGAGUGGUCCGACUGA